AUGUCUCUCAAGAUAAACAAACUAGCUGUGUGUGUAUUUUUGUUUGUUUCGUAUGUGUGUGUUGAUUUAAGUGGUCGUUCGCUUGUUGUGUCGUUCCAGGUCAGUCUGUUGGUCGUCGUCUGCGUGGUCGGGGCCUCGCUGGCUGACCAGGUGCCUGUCUACCACGAGCCCCCCCAGUACAUCCCCCCUUCCCCCUCCUACGCAGCCCCCGCCCCCAGCUACCACCCCGUCGAGGACUACCCAGAUUCGCCGCCUCAGUACAAAUACAACUACGGCGUGGCUGACGGCUACACCGGCGCCAGCUACGGCCACUCUGAGAGCCGCGACGGGUACAAGACCGAGGGCAGCUACACCGUGGACCUCCCCGACGGCCGCACGCAGAUCGUCAAUUACGUGGACAACGGCGACGGACUGGAGGCUGUGGUGACCUACGAGGGGGAGGCGCAGUACCCUGAGCACCAAUCCUCCUACCCCGCCCCGCCCCCAGAGCCCGCCUACGCCGAGCCCCCAGUCGAGCCCGCGUACCCCGCCCCUCCCCCGCCCGAGCCGCCAGUCUACCCAGCCUAAACACCGGCCGUCAGUAUCGAUCGUCCUGUAGUCAUGCACAUCGCCCUCUCCCCCCCUCGGACGCACCUGAGCCCCCAAAACAAGCACAUGCACAGUUUUCUUUAGCCCCCCCAGCACAGCACCGCCCCUCACCGCCCCUGCUCCCCGGUCUCCUCCUCCCAAGUGACCCAUAUCUUCCCUCACUCCCUCCUUGUCUCUUUGCCUCCCACACCCUUGGCCUCUUCCCGAUAUUGUAGAAAAGAACGGUUACCUCUACCUUACUUACUCACUGCCUGUCUUCACCCCUACUACCUCCCUGUUAACUCCCCUCCCCCCUUCCACCUGCUGUCUCUCUCCCUUAACCACCUACUACAUUCACAACCCCAUCCCCUCCUACCGCCCCCCCUUCCUGCUUUUGUCUUCUCACAUUCAUAACCUCCCAAAUAUACCCCCUCUCCCCCCUUUUCCCAUUCACUUCCCCCUCUUCUACCCUAACCCCUCCUCUCCCCUCCCCUCCCCUCCCCUGCACAGGUAGCUAAUUACUCCCUGGCUGGUCCAGGUGACAUACGAGAAUAUUGGGUUCCCCAGGUGCCAUAAUGAUGCUUUGUAAUAAAUGUUUGACACUCA